UUUGUGGAGCCAAAUAUAAAGCCAGCCAAGCAAACUUACAUAAAUACAGCGAUGAAAAGUGGUGUACCUAAUGAAAUAUGUAAUCCUCUUUGAUGCACUGUCAUUAUAAGUAAUUCACCAAAGAAAAAUCAAGCUUCAUUGACAGCAAAUUUGGCAUCAACACAAGUCACAUUAUUCUUUGGCAAUUUCCUACAAUAGCUGAAAAUUUAAUAAAUCAAUAGUGUGUGCAACAUCUUCCUAUGUCGUCAACAUCGUCCAGUGACUGCGACAACUGCGACUAUUGUCAAUGCGGUCGUUCGCUAGACAAUAAUUACAGCUACGACUGCUAUGGCAGGCCCAUCAUCAGUAGUCGCCAUGUCCCCUUCUGCUCCAACGUGGGAUCCAUCCAUCCCCUCAUAUACUAUGCUGAAGUUGUUGUAGGCGUGCUGAUCGAGGGCUCCAACCCUUGGGUUCGAAACCCGGAUCCGGCUCAAAGAAGAAAUAAUUGUCUUGAGACUAUAUCACAUCGACCAAACCGGAGGCAAAGGUGCGAUCAGCCGAGAAAAGAAAAAAAUUGUUUUGUGAAAGCCUUUGAGUGGUACACGCAGGAACGAAUACCAGCGUCGCCAAAGACUUGCCCGGCAGCUGAGAGAUGCGGCUUCGCGAACUGGCUGGACAGCAAGUACAUCGAGUAUUUGCACGACAGCCGCAUGGAGCAGCAUGUGUACCAGCUGACCACACAGCCGACUACCACCAUUGAACCAUGUGCAACCUGCCCGUCCCCAGAGCCGUGUACUACGACUAAAAGAUUUCCGCGAAUGAAAAGCCCGUGGAGAAAACGCAGACGCUCGUGUAAAGAUUCGGGUGAUGUGCCUGAAAAUCUUAUUUACAGGUGUCUCAACCAAAGUUGUGAAUUUAUAAUGCAGCCUAAAGAUUUAACUCGGGCGGCAUCUGACUGCUGCUAUCCGACUACAAACUCCGGCUGCAAUAAAUCCAAUGCAACUGUGAUGUCAUCGAACCCACCAGGCACAUUGCGAGGUACGGGCAAGUCCUUCAGCAUGACCAGCGUAUGUCGAGAGACCAACCAGAAUCCAAUCGACAUCAUCCCUUCUACUGUGCAAGAAGGCUCAAAGACGAAGCCGCCCAACCCACCACCACCAUCACCAGACCAGAAAACCUGCUGCGAGUGUCGGGAAAAAAUACAGCAAGUGCCAUCUAAACCGAUGAAAUCAAAGAAGACGGAUGUAUCUUGUCAGUGUCCCGAAGAAAAAGUGGUGCCCGUCGACGAGACGACGCAGUACGAGUGCCUUUGUUUAAGAACUAAGAGUAGUAAAACUAAUGUCAAUCCUGACGCAGGAGAACCCCUCACUUGUUGUAAAUGUGCUGGGGUUAACGAGCCUGCCUCUGAUAAGACUCGUAGCAAAAGACUAUCGAAGUCUGAUAUCAAACCAACAUUCGUACCUUCAACUCAGGAAUAUACAAGUAAGAAGAAAGAAAAACAAGUUCAUGUGUUUUGUCAAUGUCCCGAAGAGACAGUAGUGACAGUCGAUACCCCGACUCAGUACCAGCCAGCUGCGGCGCCGACCGAGUGCGUAUGUGGGGCGCGCAAUAGUUUAACUCCGAAUGCUAACGUCCCGAACGUUGUUGCCGCUCCUAAUAAUUACGGUUCCAGCGUUUGUGCCCCCACUCUUCGCACUUCCAGCGUUUAUACGCCCACCAUUCGCACUUCCAACGUUUGCGACCCCACCCGGCGCACUUCCAGCGUUUGCGAUCCCACCCGUCGCUCUUCCGGUGUUUGCGAGCCCACCAUCCGCAAUCCUACCGUUUGUGACCCUACAGUUCGCACUUCCAAUAAUGGCGAUCUCAACGGUCGUAUUCCAAGUGUUUGCGACCCCAACGUUUGCGAUCCCCAAAUUUGUGCCCCCACCGGUCGAAAUUCCAGCAUAUGUGCCCCAAAUGUUUUAAAUACUCCCGUUCAGGAUAUCAAAGAGACGCAGCGAGUGUUCGGUCCGCCGGGUGUGCGCCGCCAGUCCUUCACGACCGUGACUGUGAGCGACGUGGAGGCGAGCGCGUGCGCGUGUGUGGCGGCUGCGGACUCGUGCGUGUGCCCGCCCUCCGAUGUGGUCGCCAAGGACAUCGUCGUCACCAAGUACUCGCGCUCCCUCACGCUGGUCGCCAACGACGGCGUUCAGACCUCCGACCACUCCAUAUGCUUCGAACGAGAUGUCGUCAACCAGUAUCCGCUUUUUAUGAAAAUUGUUUGCGCCGAUAGAUUGAACAACGUUUGCUUUUAGAAGCUCUUCUCAAAUGAUAAAUUUUACCGUCUAAAUACCGUCUGACAAAUUUUAUAAUAAAACAAACAAUAAAAAUAACAUAACAUUUAA